CGGAGCCGGGCCCACCAGAGGACCGAGCCGUUGCCACGAUGGAGCAGCAGCUAUCAGAUGAGGAAGUUGACCAUGGUGCUGAAGAAGACAGUGACAAGGAAGAUCAGGACCUGGACAAAAUGUUUGGAGCCUGGCUGGGGGAGCUAGACAGACUCACUCAGAGUUUGGAUUCUGACAAGCCCCCGGAACCAAUAAAAAGAUCUCCUCUUCGCCAGGAAACAAACAUGGCCAAUUUUUCUUAUCGCUUCUCCAUAUACAACUUGAAUGAAGCUCUGAAUCAGGGAGAAACUGUGGAUCUGGACGCCCUAAUGGCCGAUCUUUGCUCAAUAGAGCAGGAGCUCAGCAGUAUUGGUGCAGGAAAUAGUAAGCGUCAAAUCACAGAAACAAAAGCCACUCAGAAGUUACCUGCUAGCCGACAUACAUCAAAACAUGGCACCUUGAAAGGAUUGUCUUCUUCAUCUAAUAGGAUAACUAAACCGUCUCAUGCCAACUACUCCCUGGAUGACAUCACUGCACAGUUAGAACAGGCCUCCUUGAGCAUGGAUGAGGCUGCUCAGCAGUCUGUACUAGAAGAUACUAAGUCCUUAGUAACUAAUCAGCACAGGAGAACAGCAUCAGCGGGCACAGUGAGUGAUGCUGAAGUACGCUCUAUUAGUAACUCCUCUCGUUCAAGCAUCACUUCUGCAGCCUCUAGCAUGGACUCUUUGGAUAUUGAUAAAGUAACACGCCCUCAAGAACUGGAUUUGACACAUCAGGGGCAGCCAAUUACUGAGGAAGAACAGGCAGCAAAAUUGAAAGCUGAGAAGAUCAGAGUUGCCCUAGAGAAAAUUAAAGAGGCACAAGUGAAAAAGCUGGUGAUUAGAGUCCACAUGUCUGACGAUAGUUCUAAAACAAUGAUGGUGGAUGAGAGGCAGACAGUGAGACAAGUGCUGGAUAACCUGAUGGACAAAUCUCACUGCGGUUAUAGUUUAGACUGGUCUCUGGUGGAAACCAUCUCUGAGUUACAAAUGGAGAGAAUCUUCGAAGACCAUGAAAACUUGGUUGAAAAUCUUCUUAAUUGGACAAGAGAUAGCCAAAACAAGCUUAUAUUUAUGGAGCGUAUAGAAAAAUAUGCACUUUUCAAAAACCCACAGAAUUACCUUCUGGGAAAAAAGGAAACAGCUGAGAUGGCAGAUAGAAACAAAGAAGUGCUGUUGGAGGAGUGUUUUUGUGGAAGUUCUGUAACUGUACCAGAAAUUGAGGGAGUCCUUUGGUUGAAAGAUGAUGGCAAGAAGUCCUGGAAAAAGCGUUAUUUUCUCUUGCGAGCAUCUGGUAUCUACUAUGUCCCUAAAGGAAAAGCAAAGGUGUCUCGGGAUCUGGUGUGCUUUCUCCAGCUGGAUCACGUCAAUGUUUACUACGGACAGGAUUAUCGGAAUAAAUACAAAGCACCUACAGACUACUGUCUGGUACUCAAGCACCCACAGAUCCAGAAGAAAUCUCAGUACAUCAAAUACCUUUGUUGUGAUGAUGUGAGGACCCUGCACCAGUGGGUCAAUGGUAUCCGCAUCGCAAAGUACGGGAAGCAGCUCUACAUGAACUAUCAAGAGGCCUUGAAGAGGACAGAAUCAGCUUAUGAUUGGACCUCCUUAUCCAGUUCCAGCAUUAAAUCAGGAUCCAGUUCUUCCAGCAUCCCAGAGUCUCAGUCCAAUCACUCCAAUCAGUCUGAUAGUGGAGUGUCUGAUACACAGCCGGCAGGACACGUCCGUUCCCAGAGCAUCGUGAGCUCCAUCUUCUCCGAGGCCUGGAAGCGAGGCACGCAGCUGGAAGAGUCUAGCAAGGCCAGAAUGGAGUCUGUGAAUCGAGCCUACACUUCUCUCAUGCCCCCUUUGUCCCCGCAGCCUAAGCCGCUCACCCCCUGCUCUGCCUCACAGCCCUCGCCGCCCCUGCCGCCGCCGCCCCCGCCCCCGCCGCCGCCCCCGCCGCCGCCGCCCCCCCCGCCCCCGCCGCUGCCCAGCCAGUCGGCCCCUUCUGCGGGCUCGGCAGCCGCGAUGUUUGUCAAGUACAGCACAAUAACCAGGCUGCAGAACGCCUCUCAGCAUGCGGGAGCCCUGUUUAAGCCUCCCCCGCCAUCAGGGAUGCAGCCUCCCUCCUCGACCUCACAGGCAGGGAAGCCUCAGAUCCUGGUGCCGCCCAGCGGAGCCGUGCCCCCGCCGCCGCCCCCGCCGCCUCCCCCGACCCCCGGCUCGGCUAUGGCCCAGCUGAAGCCCGCCCCCUGCGCCCAGGCCCUGCCGCAGUUCAGCCCGCCCCCGCCCCCGUUGAAGAUUCAUCACGUGCAGCACGGCGCUCCAGCAGCCCCUCCGGCGCCGCCCCCACCUCCUCCCAUCCCCGCACCCCUCCCUCCCCAGGCCCCCCCCAAACCCCCCGUGACCGUGCCCCCCGCCGUGCCACUGGCUUUGUCACCUACACCUGCUCCUCCCGUUCCCCCAGUGAAAAAGCAGCCAGCGCUUCCUGUGUCUCACGUUCCGCCCUCUCCCCCUGCUCCUCCUGGCCCGGUCCCCCCACCCACGCUACCCAAGCAGCAGAGCUUCUGUGUGAGGCCCCCUCCCUCUCCGCUGUCUCCGGCGCCCUCCGUGGUGAAGCAGAUAGCCAGCCAGUUCCCCCCACCUCCAACCGCGCCCCCCGCGGAGGCGGCGCCCUUGAAGCCCGCCUCAGCCGCAGCAAACGCGCCUCAGUCCCCACCUGCUGUGAAAGCUAAGCCCAAGUGGCAGCCCAGCUCUACCCCUGUCCCUUCUCCGGACUUCCCUCCUCCUCCCCCCGAGAGCAGCCUGGUGUUUCCUCCGCCUCCGCCUCCGCCUCCGCCUCCGCCAGCCACACCCACUGCUGCCCCUGAUAAAAGCGGAUCUCCGGGCAAAAAGACCAGUAAGACGUCCAGUCCGGGGGGAAAGAAACCUCCCCCGACCCCACAGCGCAACUCCAGCAUUAAGUCCGGCAGCUGUGCGGAGCACCCUGAGUCCAAGAGACCCUCAGUAGACAGUCUAGUCAGCAAGUUCGCAGCGCCGGAGCCCUCGGCGUCUCCCGGGAAGGAGACGCCGCCACCUCCCGCAGCGCCCCCCAAACCUGGAAAACUCAGUCUUCCCGGAGUUCUCCAGCAAGGGGGUGUGUCGGCAAAAGCAUCACUUCUGAGUGGGCGCGGCAAAGACUCCGUGGUAGAAUUCCCUUCUCCUCCUUCCGAUUCUGACUUUCCACCCCCUCCGCCGGAAAUAGAGCUUCCUCUGCCCCCCGUAGACAUUCCAGCAGUGUUCUCGGGAAGCACGUCUCCAAAAGUGGCAGUGGUUAACCCGCAGCCACAGCCGUGGGCCAAGACGACGUCGAUCAGGAAGGCCCCUCCGCCCACGCGACCCAAACGGAACGACAGCACCCGCCUCACGCAAGCUGAGACCUCCGAGCAGCCGCCAAUGGCCACGGUCGUGCCACAAGUGCCCACCUCUCCCAAAUCCAGCCUUAGUGUCCAGCCUGGAUUCCUGGCUGACCUCAACAGGACACUGCAGCGGAAGUCCAUCACGCGGCAUGGCUCGCUCUCCUCCUCGCGCGUGUCCAGAGCAGAACCCACAGCCACCAUGGAUGAUAUGGCAUUGCCCCCACCACCCCCCGAGCUGCUCUCUGAGCAACAGAGAGCCCGUUACGGAGGCAGUCAUAUAUCAGGCUAUGCAACGUUGCGGAGAGGGCCGCCUCCCGCUCCCCCUAAAAGAGACCAGAACACCAAGCUCUCAAGAGAUUGGUAGCUACCGUAGGGCUUUAUUUCCGUGGGAUCUGUAAUCAGUUCUACAGUCAGCUCACCUGAUCAUCUACGAAUUCAGGCGUUCAGAGCCUCUUGGUAUGAUGUUGCUGUUAUUCAGGUAGUGUUCAGCUAUAUGUGUGUGUACGUGUGUAGGUACACACAUAGCUAUACAUAGAUAGUGUGUGUAUGUAUAUAUAUGUAUACAUAUAUGUAUAUGUAUAUAUAUAGCUGAAAGUGAUUCUAUUUAUUCUUUUUCUCUCCUAAUCUGAAAAUGGGUUUUGUGUAUUUUGGGUGGCAGCGGCAUGGAAGGAGAUGUGUGUCCUGCCUGUCCCUUAUGAUUUCUAUUAUCUGUCAUGUGGAUUGGACCAAAAACUUCUGACUUAUUUAGAAGGUAUUUUAUAAAUGUCCAUGCGCGGCCUAUCUGUGCAUGUUGUAUAUUAUAUAUUAAGGAUAGAUGUAUAAUGUGCUGCUUCUCAGUUUGAGAAGACAACCAGAAUGUUUGGUGUAUCUAUGGGGCUUUUGUGUUUGUUUUUUCCCCAGUUGGCUGAAGUUAGAACUGCUUGACUGACAUUUCAUUUACUAUACAUAAAGGGGCACUUUAAUCAGGAAAACCUCUCAGCUUCAUAGAACGGGUAAUAGUGCAGUGUGGGGAAAUUUUCAGACACUUAUCUGUACGUGGUCGGUCGUGCAUAGAAAAAAGUAACUACAUGGUGUAACUAAACCAUUCUAAUUGCAAAACUGUUGCCAUGAUCCCACAGGAAUCUAGGAUGUAUUCUGUCACAGGUAAGCCCUUCGCCUGUAAUACAUGGAUAAUUUAGUAAUAUAAUCCUGCAUAGUUCUUUUUGUACUGUUGGGAUCCUUUUCAUGAGCUUGUGAAGCUUUAAGUUUGGCUUCAUGAUUCUUGCUUUGAUUUAUUGUAAGAGGAUAUCCAACACGAUACCCUUGGAAUGCUCUGUCCCAGUGUGUCUUUCGGUCACCAGUUACCUCCUUAUAGUGUGUGCUGUAGGUAGAUGCCGAUUACUAGGUAUCUGUAGACAAUUGCUAUAUCAGGUGUACUCAAUCCUUUGUCCAGUCCAGUAUGUUGCAUCAUGAUGAAAAACAAAAUCACCUUCUGAAAUGUGUCUUUUUUGUAUAUUGCUCUCUAGAAGGAUGGAUGAUUAGAAAAGAGAACAAAAGUGGCCCCUGUGCAGCUGUCAUUAAUCAGGUUUUUUGUGGCUAGUAAUGUGAAAUACAAAGAAGUGUGGGACUAUCAUAGAGGGAGGGGGAAAACGAGUUUUUUGACAGUUUCACCCAUAGUGACUGGAGCACACUAGGGUCCUUGCUUGUUGUAGCCUGGUUGUAGAGAUUUGUCCAGGUUACCAGGUGUUCUGAUGGGAGUUGUAUAGUCCAAAUACAGUAACUGACAUUACAUAUUAUGCAUAUGCAGUUUGGUAUAACAUGGAAUCAUUGCUCUAAGGACACACUAUAAUUCUGUAUGCUUCAUACUAUACUCCUAGAUGCUUUUUUUCCCCACUGUGAAUUUUCCUCGGUAUAUGAGAGCAAUGUGUAAUUGGCUCAUCAAUUUGUGAUGAUAAAUUGACCGUCAGGUCAAUCUCAGAGCUGCUUUUAAACCAGAGAAUAAAAACUACCCUCCCCAGCAGUGAUAAAUAAGCACACCUUGUAAUGAAAGUCUGUGCCUGUUAUGAAUAGGGAUUACCAGAGCAAACUGCAAAAGUCUCUGACACGACCCCAUAAGGAAAAAGCGAUGCCAAUACAGUGGGGCAGAGAUAGUAAAUAAUUAAUUCAAGAAGCAGAGUUGUGCUGUGUAAACCGGAUUUCCCUGUAGCCCAUUCUCCAACAAAGUACUUCAUCAUAAAGAGAGAGUAAGAGGCACCCCCCAGCUGUCACAGAUGUGACAGUAUACUCAUGUGUUUAUAGAGCAAUAAGAAUACAUACCAUUGUGCAUUUGUUACAGCCCUGCUUCUUUAAAAGAUACUUUUUAGAUCUUUUCAGUUGUUCACAAAGUUUUGUGUGCUUGAUUGUUAUGCUUAUGAAGUGACCUUUAACACAUCUGCGUUGUUAAUUUAAGCAUGCAGAGCAAUUUGAAAAACUUUUGAGUACGACUGCCAAGCUGCACUGUGACCCAUGAGUGAAGUGAUUUCCCAUUGUCUUCUGCCUGCAGCUUUAGAUUCUAAGGAUCGCCCUUAUUUGUGGGAUAAAGAGUUUCUAAGAAUAGGAAUCCAAUGAUAUAAAUAUUCAUCACUAGGGUUUUUUGUGGUGGUGGUGGUCUUUUUUCAUAUGAAGGUGGGCAACUUCAGCUCUCCUGGAGGGAAAAAAAUCUUAUGCCCUGUCUUCAUUCCCUCUCCAUUUGAGCCCUAAGAUCCAGCCUUUUUUUUUCAGUGGGGGAUUUCCCGGGCCUUCGUGCUUGUGUCAGUCCAGAUGGUAGCCAUCCUGAACUGAUGCUUCUGAUGUAUGGUUUUUUUUCUGAAAGAGCAGACAUCCUUUAGAACACUAAGGACACUACGGAGAACAGGGCCAGAGGAGGAGCUGUAUCAUUUUUACCCCAGUCAGUGGCUUGUUGACUAUUUGACAACAGGCUGUUUCCCUCUGUAUUUCUCCAAAGACAGAAAAGGCUAUUUAAUCAACAUUUUUUUUCCUCUGUGUGUGAAACAACUGAAUCGAAAAAAAAAACCCAAAAUGAUACUUUAGAUACACUUCUAGUGUUUUACUCCCCAGUGGUUUUUUUUGUUUGUUUGGUUUUUGGUU